AUGCCGGCCAUUCUCUCUAACCUAGCCCCGUCAGUCGAGCACCAGCAACAAUCAAAGCUCGCAACAACACAACUUACCGCCACAACCAACCCCGUCCCCUCAACCGCAGACUGUGCCGCCCAUCUCGAACUCCUCGAGACCUUCGUCACACUCCGCGACGCAGUCCACCUGCUCGCUGCCGACGCGGGCCAAGUACCCGAGCGCGUAUGGGACCUGUACUGCGACCGCGCCGUCGCCCGUUUCGAGCAAUGGACUACUAGCGCCGAGAGGCCGGCGGAGCAGAUGCCGCCCGUUGACGUGCUCAUGGCGUGGCACGCGCUGAUGCUGCACCCGAAGGCCUACGCACGCUUCAUCGAGCUCGGCGGCCGUCUGGGUCUGGAUGGGAUUAACUGGUCCGAAGUUUCGAGAUCGUCAAACCUCGAAUCUCUCAUCGCCUCAAUCGACCUCCCUUCCCUCCUCUCACCACCAGCCUCCCAGACCGGCACCUUUGCCCACACCUCCCAAACAGGAACAACCCUCUUCACAUACCCUCUCACUGCAGCAAUCAACCGCCAAUUCUCCUUCUCCCUCAAAAUGUCCUCCCACGCCUGGCUCCACAGCUCAAGCCCCGCAGACCUGCUGACCGCGGCGCAAACCCGCUACGCGCAAUUCUUCCACCUCAUCGCCGCGCACCCGGGCACCGUCAUGGUGCCGACUCUCGACAUUGACCUCGUCUGGCACACGCACCAGCUCGCGCCGGCGCGGUACAUGGCCUACUCGAAGCGGAUGACGGGGAAGCUGGUGGACCACGAUGACGAGAUCCCCGACGAGAGUCUGGCGGUGCUGUCGACGGAUAUGAGGGCGCUUUGGAGGGAGGCGUUUGACGAGGAGUAUCUCCCUGCUGCUUGCCAGGAGGAUGCUGGGUGUGGAGGCGGUUGUGGUGGUGGAUGUGGAGGGGAGGGUGGAUGCGGGAGCUGUGGUGCCAUGAAAUGA